UUAUAGAUUUUCAGUACUGACAACAAAUUUGAAACUCCUCCUCGGAGUUUCUAGUUUUUAUUUUAUAGGGAUUUUUUAUAAGAGAGAUGAACUUUCUCAAACUCACUUCUUUUAUGUCAUGGCCGAUACGAAGCGAAAUAAAGCAAGGUAGGAGUUCAUGGCGACAAUUGGCGACCACAGAUGGGAAGAAGAUGGAAAGAAGAAUAUUAACAUGGCGACUUGUGCGGUAAAUUCAGUAAAUAGGGCUAGUCGCGCCCUGUCGAGGUAUUUUUACGCCGUAGUUGCACGGUGAAUGUUGUUGCGCGCACCGUGCAUACAAUUCGAGGAAGCUCGGUGUAGUUGCCGUGACGUCGAGGACGCGUCCUUCGCACGUGUUCGCUGAGUGCAACGCGAUUACGCGAUGUCGGUCAGUUACGCUAGAAUGAAGUCUUGCCACGAAGCGUCGUCACCAACGUCGUCAAUAUCGCCAAUGUCGUCGUCGACGACGACACCAACGGCGAGUAACGCAUUGCCCAGGCGUGCCGGCGAUGAGGAAGAUUGGCGAAUGCAGCUGGCCUUUUGCAAGCCUCGACACAACGCCACGAUCGAAUAUGUCAAUUGUAUCAGUCAGACUUGGCGAAUGAAGGAGCGGAUGAAGACAGUGAGUGUCGCUCUGGUGUUGUGCCUGAACGUUGGCGUUGAUCCCCCAGAUAUCGUCAAGACACAACCAUGCGCCCGUCUCGAAUGCUGGAUAGAUCCUUUGUCGGUGAGUCCUCAAAAAGCUCUUGAAACUAUAGGUUCAAAUUUGCAAAAACAAUAUGAACGAUGGCAACCAAGAGCUCGCUACAAACAAAGUUUAGAUCCAACUGUAGAGGAAGUUAAAAAAUUAUGUACAUCUUUAAGGCGAAAUGCCAAAGAAGAAAGAGUUUUGUUUCACUAUAAUGGUCAUGGAGUACCCAAACCUACUACUAAUGGUGAAAUAUGGGUAUUUAAUAGGACAUAUACACAAUACAUUCCAUUGUCGGUAUAUGACUUACAGACUUGGAUGGGUGCACCUAGUAUUUAUGUAUAUGAUUGUUCCAAUGCUGGUAUUAUAGUAGAAUCUUUUCAACAAUUUGCUGAUCAGCACGAAAAGGAGUAUGAGAUGGAAAAACAACAAAAUCGUGCGACUGGGGUGACAUGUCCUGCAGCACCAUGUUAUAAGAAUUGUAUCCAAUUAGCGGCAUGUGCGGCUAAUCAAAUUUUACCUAUGAACCCAAAUCUGCCUGCAGAUAUAUUUACAUCAUGCCUUACUACACCCAUAAAAAUUGCAAUACGCUGGUUUGCCAUGCAGCCUACAUCCAAAUUGAUUCCCAAUAUAUCGCUUGAUCUUAUUGACAAAAUUCCUGGACAAUUGACCGAUAGAAGAACAAUGCUAGGCGAACUUAAUUGGAUAUUUACCGCCAUUACCGACACGAUAGCAUGGAAUACCUUACCAAGAGAUUUGUUUCAAAGGCUAUUUAGACAAGACCUAUUAGUUGCCAGUCUGUUCAGAAAUUUCUUGUUAGCUGAGAGGAUACUUCGUUCUUACGAUUGUACGCCAGUUUCUUCCCCGAAAUUGCCACCGACUUAUCAGCACCGUAUGUGGCAAGCUUGGGAUAUGGCGCUUGACCUAUGCUUGGCACAAUUGCCAAUGGUUUUAGAAAAUGAAGAUCGAUACGUGCAUUCAUCAUUUUUUGAAGAUCAACUCACAGCUUUUCAAGUGUGGCUCAAUUUAGGAUCAAAAAAUCGUAGUCCACCUGAGCAGCUUCCAAUUGUCCUCCAAGUGCUAUUGAGUCAAGUUCACAGACUAAGAGCGUUAGAGCUAUUAGGGCGUUUUCUUGAUCUCGGUCCGUGGGCUGUGAAUCUAGCACUUAGCGUCGGCAUCUUUCCAUAUGUUUUAAAAUUAUUGCAAAGCAACGCCAGAGAACUUCGGCCGUUGCUCGUUUUUAUAUGGGCAAAAAUUCUAGCAGUAGAUAAUACUUGCCAAGCAGAUCUUGUACGCGAUGGUGGUCAUAAAUAUUUCUUGUCUGUGCUACAGGAUACUUCUAUCCCGAGUGAGCACAGGACAUUAGCCGCGUUUGUAUUGGCCAGUAUCGUAAACGAUUAUCGGCCGGGUCAAGUGGCCGCAAAUCAGGGCAGUCUCGUUUCAAUAUGCUUAGAACAACUAGGAGAUACAAAUUCUUUGUUACGGCAAUGGCUUUGCUUGUGCUUAGCGCGGCUUUGGCAUAAUUUCGAUAAAGCAAGAUGGUGUGGCGUCAGGGACAUUGCUCAUGAAAAAUUGUUUACCUUAUUAAAGGAUCCUGUUCCAGAGGUUCGGGCAGCUAGUGUAUACGCAUUGGGCACAUUUGUAAACAGCGUUACGACCAGAAGCGAGCAUGCGAAUAAUAUCGAUCAAAUUAUCGCUAUGACACUUAUUAAUACAGUUUCUCACGAUAUGUGUCCAUUGGUUAGAAAAGAAUUAGUUGUGGCUUUACAAUGGAUGGUGCUACAUUUUGAAAAUUCCUUCGUUACGCUAGCCAUGGCCGAGGAGAAUAGUCGAAAGGAUCUUGUUGUAGAAACUUUAUCUCCAUUCAGCGGUAUGAGACGCAUUAGCUCGCGCGAUAGAUUGAAAAUGUUAUCACCCAACAAUACGUACACCGUAGAUACGAUCGAUGGAUUUGGACCACAGGAUCGCAUCAAAAGAGUAUCGUUUUUGGGAGAAGUAUCAAGUCACAGUUCUCUUGGGAACUUACCGAGUCUUUCCUAUGGUAGUGUGUAUAUGAAAUUAUGGCAUGGAUUGUGUAAUCUCGACAAUGAUCCUCAUCCAGUGGUCGCUGCUAUGUCUCAAAAAGUUACCAAUCAUAUUCGUAAUAAGGUGAAAGCAUCUUCUACCCCUAAAGAGGUAGUUGAAACAAAAAUUUCCUCUUCAUUAUCUCUUCCGCCAUCUCCGUCAAAUCGAACUGGUUAUUUGAGUAAAGGGGAAUCACCACCGGCUGUCAACUCUGGAACAGAUUUGUUGCGUUCUUCGAGAGUUUUAACGCAUGGUAGCCGUUCGAGGAAACCUGUUCCUAAUACAAUAUCUGAAGAGGCAGAUGAAGUACCCGGAACUAAAACUCCAUUGACUACCUCCCAAUUUGUCGAAUGGAGUUGCGCGCAGUUUGCUCAGCCGGUUAGUUUAGAGGACGAAAUGGACGACGUAGAGAGCAGACCAUAUCUUGAACGAGAAUGGCGAUUUAUACGUAACGCAAGGCAAAAACAAGAUGCAAGAGAGGAACAAUUGCGUGCGUCGCAAAAUAAAAUAGAAUCGCAAGUGUAUCACACGAGGUGUUCUCAAUCACCUCAAGUUUUGGUUUUUCAUCCAUUUGAACCACAUUUGGCCGUGGCGCUGAAAGAUUGCUUCGGCAUAUGGGAUUAUCAAAAUAGCACAAAGUUGACUUAUUGUAUGAGUUAUGGAAACAAAGUAAAAUCGCGCAUCACAGCACUUGAAUUCAUCAACUCUCAUGACUUAACUCUGCUAAUGGCAGGUUCUGAUGAUGGUUCCGUACAAAUCUGGAAGAAUUAUAGUGGUACGAUAAGCCGCGAUCCGAUUCUACUUACAGCUUGGCAAGCAUUGGCUGACGUGCAACCCGCAACCAAGACUUCUAGUGUGACAGCACGACUCGUUACAAAAUGGGAACAGAAAUCGCUUACUCUAGCAGUAACGGGCGAUGUCCGCAUUGUAAGACUCUGGGAUGCGGAAACUGAAUUGAAGAAGCAAGAUAUUCCAACAGGCGCCGAUUGUUGUACUACAUGCAUCGAUGUUGAUGGCACAGGUGCAAUAAUGACACUUGGUUGCGGCGACGGAUCGGUUCGACUCUUAGAUCGGAGAUUGCCUCCGACAGAAGCAAGAGUGAUGACUUGGAGAGAACACACUGCUUGGGUGUCGGGUACAUUUUUAAGGGAAUCUGAGGGAUCUGCACCGCAACUAUUUACCGCAUCUUCCACAGGUGACAUAAAAAUCUUUGAUCUUAGGAAAAAUUCCUCCGUGAGCACAAUUCAAAUAACACCAGGGAUUGCGGCAUUGACUGUGCACGAAGUAGCUGAUGUUUUCGCAUGUGGCACCACAAGUCAUUGUAUCAGCAUCUACAACAUAUUGGGACAACAUCUCAAUACGCUGAAAUUUCACGAAGGAUUUAUGGGUACACGCCUCAGUCCAGUAAGCUGUCUGAAUUUUCAUCCGUAUCGCGUAACUUUAGCGGCCGGUUUUGUGGACAGUACCUUCACGGUAUACGAAUCACGCAGGUGACUAUUAGAGAUGGAACUCGUGUAAGAUUCUUGUAAGAUUUUGUAAAUUUAUAAAAGCGCCUCACGUUUUUUUUGCGUUCGCCUUUGUAUUGCAAUAUUCGAUGAAAUUAGGGUUUUUUUGUUUCCGGUGUUUCCGCGAGAGAAUCACAGAAUAACUAUUUUACGUCGACGAUAAAGGGUAACCUCCGUUUUCCCACCGUUUCUUCUUGCUAGUAUAUUGACGAUCUGCCUGCUAUCAUGCAAAAUAUGGAGAAAGAAUGUAGUUGUAGCUUUUGUGAUAAAAAUGAGAGUGGGAGGGAGGGUUAACCAAAGUAUUUCGAGACGACCAAAGAAUAAGUUACUAUCUUGCAUGUCAGUUACUAUCUUGUAUAAAUCAUAUGUUGCAAAAAUCAUAUAAAAAUGAUCAUAGAUUGAUAUCACUAUCUUAUAUGAUUUUUGCGUACAAAAUAGUAACUGUAGAUAGAACUUUGGUGUUCUGGGAAAUGCCAAUGCAUAAAAAUAUAUGUACAUUGUGAUAAAAAGCGAGUGUAAUCAAGAAAAAGAUUAAUGUUUAACGAAAACUUUACGAUCCGUACAGUGAGAGAUAAUCUCAACUAUUGUGCCAUGUAAUGUGCUACUUCAGAAUUAAGCUGUUUCCAUACAGAUAUUGAUGUAACCAAGAUAUUUUAAUUACAGAAUCAAUCACACUGUGGCUGUGUAAAUACGGCUCGCAUUAUAUGCAUUUUUAUAAAUUACAUGAGUGACAAUUGUUAGAGUAUACGUUCCGCUAUUGUUUGUCGAUUCGAUAUAUAACAUUAACUUCCGUUUUUAAAUAUUAUUUCUAUUAUCGCGUUCCUGAUCAAUAAAAUAAUGUAGUUCCGUUUCGAACAAUUUUAAUCAUUACUGAUAUCGUACAAACUUUGCUUAAGUAUGUAAGUAUAAUUUUGUAAGUAGCAAGAUUUGACAAAAUAUAUUUGUUACGUCUAUACGUUUAUUCGCGUGGCAAUAUUAGAUAUAAACCGUACGUGUGUGUGCAAUAUUUGUAGAUCGUGAUAUUUAUCGAUCUAAAUGCAUAUACAUGCAUAUACAAUUGCAGAAAUUUUCAAAUAUCAUUUACAAAGCUGAAUAAGCGUGAAAAUACAAUAAUAGAGGGAGAGAACGGACAUGAUUUUUUAUAUGAAUGUGCAACCUCCCGAU